GCCGAAGGACAUAUAGGUAGAGCUUUCUCCUUUGCCACCGCACCACGUCCCAAAAAUGUCGGGAAAGGCUGGGCUAGUUGAGCAGAUCAAGGGCAUGCAGCGGUCAGAUCCCUAUGGAAGGCAGACCUGGUGGGAUUACUGCGAGAUGCAUUUAGGAGGUGUGAAAGAUCCCAAUCGACAUGAUGAAGGCACCCUCGCGACUUUCCUCAGCCUCUACAACUCGGGCGGCAUCCCUCCCUCGGAACCCAGACCCGAUACACAUGGAAAUCCGUAUGGAGCAUGCGGAGGCUGGGGAGGCGGCAAGGGCUAUGACAUGAUGGGUGGUGGAGGAUCUUGGGAUCCCAUGAUGGGAGGUCAAGCUGGUGGUCCAGGCAACUUCGGCUGUGGCGGAGGAGCCUCUUUAGGUGACUUUGUGAAGACUGGUCAGCGCCAGUCCAAGCAUUGGACCAAUGCAUGGCAGACAUACUGCGCCCUUUAUGGAGGUGGCAUCAAUGACCCAUCCAAACACGAGGAUUCCUUCACCAAGAGCUUCAUUGAAUAUGUCGGAGAGAUCGCUGCGAAUGGAUUGUCAGCUUUGGCAUCGUCACAGGGCAUCAACCUGGAAGAGGUGGUCGGCCAGAGUGGCGGCACAAAGCGACCAGCAACAGGAGGCCGCAGCUAGCCCUGCAGGCAUGCCUGCCAAGCAGGGGCGCUUUGACAUGGACACCAGCGCGCAGAAGCAGGCCCUGGUGGACAAAGUGAAGCAUCUUCAGAGGACCAACAUGUCUUCCAAGGAAUCUUGGUGGGUGUAUUGUGACCAGCAGUGCGGUGGCAUGCGAGACCCUAUGCGCCAUGAUGUGAACUCCUUAGAGGCAUGGUUGGCAUCGCAGGGAGCUACUGCGUAGAUGAUUCAUGAUGAUUUGAUGCCAAGAUGGCCGAUGAGUCAUUUGGUAGAUGGCCUUUAUGAAGCAUAGGUGGAGAAGGCGUCCAAAAAGUCCUUGGCUGCGCCCGCUAAACCCACAGGACGACAGCCACUUGUGAGAGCGGAGUGAAGCAAACAUGGAAAGCUCAGGUUCAGUUGACUAUUUGCAACAGUACAGUCAGCAUCCUACAGC